AUGAGCCGGGAACUGAUUCAAGGUUUGGCUCGACGUGGCGCGCAGCUCAUACUGGCCUCAGACAACAUAGAUGCCUGUGGUAGUGCUCGAGACAAAUUGCUCAAAGCCACUCGGGUCACUCCCAGCCGUGUGGAGUGUCGUCUGUUGAACACGAGUAGCACACGUUCCGUGCGUCGGUUCGCCGCCAACCUGUUGUCUGACUAUCCGCGUCUGGAUCGGGUCAUUGUGCAAUCGCCCAGUUGUAUCACCAGUGUGGUAGCCGGCAAACGACGUCCCACUCACGACGGGUUUGAGCAAAAUUUAGGUACAAAUUAUUUCUCCACCUAUCUGCUCUCUCGUCUGUUGUGGCCUCGUCUGUCCAAAUCUGAUGACGGGCGACUCAUUCUUGUGGUCGAUAUGGAUGCUGCUGCUGAGGCCCAAACACAAGCGCCUCGGUUGCCGGAUUCGACACAGUUGGGCCUGCCGGUGCACGAUUUGAAUUUUGAUGACCCAAACAAUUUUGAUCCGAAAUUGGCGUAUCAACGAUCCCAAUGGUUCCUCACUCUAUUCGCCGAGUAA